AAAUUGGAGGGAGUGGUAACAAAGCCCUAGGACUGUAACAAGCCCACUUAACAUUCCACUGGAAAUGCAGCACCUGUGUGGAAAGGCAGCUCUAUUUGAGGCAAGGCCCACUGGCUGCUUACAUGCUGAGGUGAAUUCAUUUCACCAAAGGAUGCAGAAAUACCUAAUCCACAGCCAGUUGUCUCUCCCUGUGGUCAUGACGGCUUCUUCGCACAGUGACUCUGUGGUGGUCUUGUUUGGGGCAACAGCUGGUGCAUUUGGGGCUAAGCUGGGUUCCGAUGAGAGGGAACUAAUUCUCUUGGUGUGGCAAGUUGUGGAUCUACACAGCAAGAAGGUAGGGACGCUGCACAAAUGCUUGGUGAAGGCAGACAACUUGGAGUUGAGUGACCAGUGUCAAGAAGUGACAGGCUUAACCCCUGAGGGACUGAGUAAAGCUGAGCCACUGGAUCGGGUUCUCCAACAGUUCAGUCAGUUGGUAUCCAGUGAUCUGAAGGCACUGGGGAGAAACUCCUACACAUUCUGCACAGAUGGCCAGUUACUCAUUCGGCAGGUCCUCCAUCCGGAGGCCUCAAAAAAGAAUCUCCUGUUGUCUGACUGCUUUUAUUCCUUUUAUGAUCUACGUAAAGAAUUUCACAACUGCUACCCCAACUCAGCCUCCGUGAAGGAUCAAACUAUCCAAUCCAUGGCUGAAUAUAUUGGCUUUACAAUAGAUGAAGCAGAGGAGGAUUUUGGCGUAUGGCAAGUGAAAGCCAUGGUGGCCAUAAUUUUCAACAUGCUUUCAGAUACAUGUGUUGCAGAUCUCACGUUUACUGAUCCAGAGACUGUGAAAUACAAAUAUGAAACAGGACCCUGUAGUAAAUCAGAAACAGUAGACAGCGAAACCGUAAUACGUGCCAGAGGACUCCCUUGGCAGUCUUCCGACCAGGACAUUGCUCGCUUUUUCAAAGGACUUAAUAUUGCCAAAGGUGGUGUGGCUCUGUGUCUCAAUGCCCAAGGAAGGCGGAAUGGGGAAGCCCUAGUCCGAUUUGUCAACUCCGAACAGAGAGACUUGGCCUUAGAGAGACACAAGCAUCACAUGGGGAGCAGGUACAUAGAGGUUUACAAAGCAACUGGAGAAGAGUUUCUAAAGAUUGCUGGAGGUACCUCCAAUGAAGUAGCCCAGUUCCUAUCCAAGGAGAACCAGGUCAUCAUCCGGAUGCGAGGGCUUCCGUUCACAGCCACCCCUGAGGACGUCUUGGGCUUCCUUGGGCCUGAGUGCCCCGUCACGGGUGGGAAGGAGGGGCUUCUCUUUGUCAAGUACCCAGAUGGCCGGCCCACGGGCGAUGCCUUUGUCUUGUUUGCCUGUGAAGAGUAUGCACAGAAUGCACUUAAAAAGCACAAGGAGAUCCUUGGCAAGCGCUACAUUGAACUCUUCAGGAGCACAGCGGCUGAAGUCCAGCAGGUCCUUAACAGAUACAUGUCAACGCCUCUGAUUCCCACACUCCCCGCUCCCAUAAUUCCUGUCAUACCACCUCCUUACACCAUCACUGCUGGAAGUGUGCGAGAUUGUGUCCGGCUCCGAGGCCUGCCUUAUACCGCCGGAAUUGAUGACAUCCUGGAGUUCAUGGGAGAUGCCACUGUGGAUAUCAAGCCACACGGAGUCCACAUGGUCCUUAAUCAGCAAGGCCGACCGUCUGGCGAUGCUUUUAUCCAGAUGAAAUCUUCAGACCGGGCUUUCCUGGUGGCUCAGAAGUGCCACAAGAAGAUGAUGAAGGACCGUUACGUGGAAGUCUUCCAGUGUUCAGGAGAGGAGAUGAAUUUUGUUUUAAUGGGUGGCACUUUAAAUCGUAGUGGCUUGUCUCCACCCCCGUGUAAGUUACCAUGUCUUUCACCACCAGCCUAUGCUGCUUUCCAGACAGCAGCAGCCGUGAUCCCAGCAGAAGCAGCAAUAUACCAGUCGCAAGCGCUUUUACCUCCCAGCAGGACUCAACAGGCUUCGGCGGCUGCUGCUGCUGCUGCUGCUGCCGCCGCCGCCACUCCAGCUGUUACUUACUACCCGGCUCAAGCUGCUCAGCUUUAUAUGAACUACACAGCUUAUUAUCCCAGUGGCCUCUCCUUCUCUUUCAGCCCUCCGGUGUCCCCUACCACAGUGGGUUACAUUACAGCUCCCCCAGCAGCAGUGGCAGCCGCUGCAUCAGCCACACACACUCCGAUGCUGCCCCAGCCUGGCGCUCUUGUCCGAAUGCAGGGAUUGCCCUACAAUGCGGGCAUGAAGGAAAUCCUCAGUUUCUUCCAAGGCUAUCAGCUCCACACGGAUUCCAUCCUUCUGCUUUACAACUUCAGUGGGCAGCCCAGCGGAGAGGCCCUGGUCACCUUCCCCAGCCUGGACUCCGCGAAGAAAGCCGUGGCUGAGAGGAGCGGACACCUCUUGGGCAGCCACUGUGUGGAACUCUGCCUGAUCUAACCAACAGACUCCUUUAUGGGGGGCGGGGGGAGUUUGACUAAAAAUUGGUGCCUUUUAAGGAAGUGGUCUUCCCCCAUCAAAGUGCCUUCUCCUUCUGAUGUGAUGGGACAAACAGCCAUUCAAGUGGGGGAAGGGAUAGGCCAGAAACGCCCCCUCCCACACACACGCUCUCCAGAGCACUCACUUUGUAGAGCCACAGUGCUUGAUUUCAAGACAGUUGCCCUAAUAAUUUCCAGCCACUGAAUUUGGAAAUCAUGUGACUGCACUUGGGCAAAGGCAUCCAUGAUGGGAUACUGCUACUGUUAUUUUUAGUUUUACAUAUCAAUUUUGGAGUGGAAGCUUGAAACCAACAUUUCCUUCAAAUUACCAAUUUGUUUUGAAGCCAGACUUGCCAAAUAGGCCCCUGGAACACCCCAUUCUUUCUCUCUCCAGUGCAGCCUGGCAAAUUGUAUGAUUUUUGUUGUUGUUGUUAUGUCCCAUAGCUGAAGAGCAGCUUAAGAAGCUGCAUUACGAUGGAGUAAUUUUCCUUUUUUUUUAAUGAAAAAAGAAAACUUUUUGUGGGGUACAAUGCAAAGAAAGAAAGCCAUAUGUCUCUAAACAUUCAAGCUGCCAAUCUGUGAAGCAAACUGAACCAAAAAAAUAAUAAUAAUUCCAGAAUUUUAAAACUCUCACUAGGACAAGAAUGGCACAUAAACACUGAGGACUAGUAAAUUAUAUAUUUUGUUUUAUUUAAGCAUCAUAGCUCUCAGAUACUAUGUUAAAAGAUUUUUUUUUUGCUAUAGUCUUUGUGCAUGCCAUUUGUUUACAAUAUUAAACUAUACUUUAUUUGUAUAUUACGAAGCAACAAGGCAACCCUGAGUCCCAGCUAGUGCAUGGUUUGUUUUUUUAUGUGUGUGUCUGUAUGUAUACAUGUCUAAAGAAUUUAGUUUUAUGUUGUACAGUGCGUGUGUGGAAACAUCUACUGUAGAAGCACUAGAUGAUUUUGUUUUUACUGUGCCUUUUGAUCCAAGAUUUUUCUCAAAUGUGCAAUAACAGCAGAGGAAACUGGAAAGGAGCCAGGAUUUUUUUUUUUUUUUGCGAGUGGCUCUCAAGGUACCUGUGAUCACAGGAAAAAAAAUUGUGUGUGUUAAAAGAGUGUACAACUCUGAGUAGUACUUAAAAUGGAAAGCCCCUGCCCUCUCACCUCCCAAAUGAUGAUGUACGCUUCUUUAUAUAACAAGAAAUAAAAACAAAAGAUGCUUGAAGAAA